GACGUUGCCAUAAAGAUAUUUUUUUUUUUCGCGUGAAGGUGGCCAAGAAAUGAAGUUGACGUUGAAUGAGUUGGUUCAACAGUGUGUAGAAUGCCCAGUGGUGUGUGGAACUUUAGUAGAAGGUAAGUAAAGGCAAGUGUAAAAGUGCAACGUUUAUUCACUCAACAGCAUCAUGUAGGGACGCGUUGCCGAACCUUGGCCAUGGACCUGAAGUAUGAUGGCAUCUACUGUCUUUCUGUUCUCUCGUCUUUUGAGCUAUGUACAUCAAUGCAACGGCUACCCCUUUUCCCGAUGACCUUCCGCAACCUCAAGCAAGUAAAGGCAUUGGCUUUGGAGACAGCGCUGGCUGUCGAUCAUUGUAAUUUGAAGAAGAAGUUAGGAAACGAAAUCGAAGACACCGUCCCCUUGGAUUGGUUGCGGCCCUUGGCUGGCUGCUUACGGAGGAUUUGACUUCUGCGACGUUGGAGUGUAGUGGAUGCAAUAAAGAUAAGAAAGAACAUUCUGUUGAUCUGGACACAAAUCAUGUAUUUUCAGGGUUGGAGUUUAAGAUUAUCGCAAUUGGGGUUUUUACUAAGGUUAUCAGCACUUUGGGAGUGAUGACACAAAUACAAAAAAUG